CACGCGUGGGGUGUGUCCAAAACACUCACGUCAGGAGUUCAGCUCACUCUCUCUUAGAUUCAUAUGAAUUAAACAAACACCGGAUGAGAGAUAGAGAGUGAGAGAAAGCUGGACUGAACAUCAGCUCAUUCUCAGACAUCAUAUGGUAACACAGGAGUAAACUCGUUCACACAUCAAAGACAUGGAGCACGUCCAGAGCUGAUAGUCAGUUAAACCUGUGUAGAGAUGUCGGGUGACACCGGUACAUUGUCAUGGAAACCGCCUCCUCCCGGUCACCCGCAUGUGUCCGCCGAGACAGGGAAUAAAUGCAGGGGGGUGGUGAAAAUCCUCAAAGUGUGCUUUAUAAGCAACAGCGCCAACCUGGGCAAGAACUUCAAACUGGUCAAAUGUGAAAGUUCCUGGAAUAUCAGGAGAAUUAUUAAGUCCAUCCUGGACAGCGGACGACUUGGUCCCAACAUCAUGUUCUUAGAAUGCUACGGUCUGUUGCUCAAACACCUCAAAUCAGACGAGGUUCACUGGCUGCACCCGAACCUCACCGUAGCUGAAGUGGAGCUGAAAUAUGAACAGCAGCACGUCGAGGCAGAGUGGAGAUAUGAUUUGAGGAUCCGUUACAUUCCUCCUGAUUUCCUGGAGAAGUUAAAAGAAGACAAAACCACAAUGCUCUACUUCUACCAGCAGGUUCGCAGUGACUACAUGCAGCACAGUGCUAGGAGAGUUAGUGAUGGGAUGGCACUGCAGUUGGGCUGUCUGGAGAUCAGGAGGUUUUAUAAAGACAUGAAUGCCAGCGGCCUGGAGAAAAAAUCUAACUUUGAACUGCUGGAGAAAGAUGUCGGCCUGCAAUUGUUCUUCCCUCAAGAAUUAAUCGUCAGUAUGAAGCCGAAGCACCUGAGAAAACUGAUCCAGCAAACGUUUCAGCAGUUUGCGUUGCUGAAGGAGGAGCAGUGCAUCAUGAAGUUCUUUGAGACAUUAUCUGUCUUUUCCAGUUUUGACGACGAGGUUUUCCCUUGUGAGCUGGUGCAAGGAUGGAGCGUCUCUGUGGAUCUGGUCAUCGGCCCCAAAGGUAUUCGGCAACGCACAGACAAAAGCUCUGUGCCGGUCUGUCUAGCCACAUUUGCGCAAAUUCGCAGUAUUAAAUACACCCUUCAGGAUGACGGAAAGACACUGCUACAUAUAUCUAUAGACGGAGCUAAACAGCCUUUGUCUAUCAGCACCGCAUCUCUGGCCAUCGCAGAGAACAUGGUGGAUUUAAUUGAUGGCUACUGUCGUUUGGAGCAUGGAAACGAGACGACUUUAAUAGUGCGGCCUAAUAAAGACAGAGAUGCUCGAAUCUCUCUACCUCCUUUACCCUGCAGCAGUAUGGAAAACACCAGAUCUAACAUGGAAAGUAAAAGUUCAGAUAUUUAUUCAGAGAUACCAGAAAAUAAACCAGUUGAAUCAUGUAAAUUCAGCCUUUCACGGAACGACGUUGUGCUCGGUCGGAUUCUGGGCGAAGGUUUCUUUGGUGAGGUUCACGAUGGGAUUUAUAAAAGCAAGACAGGGGAGCGAGUGAAUGUAGCUGUAAAGACAUGCAAGGACUGCACAGCUGAUGUGAAGGAGAAGUUCAUGAGUGAAGCUUUGAUCAUGAAGAAACUGGACCAUCCACACAUUGUGAGACUCAUAGGAGUUAUCGAAGAGGAUCCGGUGUGGAUUGUCAUGGAGCUUUACCAGUAUGGAGAGCUAGGAAAUUACCUGACGGAGAACCAGCAGAAACUAACCAAUAUCACCCUGAUCCUGUACAGCGUGCAGAUCAGUAAAGCCCUGGCUUACCUAGAGGGUGUUAACAUGGUACACAGAGACAUUGCUGUGAGAAAUGUGCUGGUUGCCAAACAUGACUGUGUGAAGCUGGGAGACUUUGGCUUGUCCAGAUACAUAGAAGAGGAAGAGUAUUACAAAGCCUCCGUGACUCGAUUACCUAUCAAAUGGAUGGCGCCAGAGUCCAUCAACUUCAGACGAUUUACCUCGGCCAGUGAUGUCUGGAUGUUUGCUGUGUGCAUGUGGGAGAUCAUGAGUGGGGGCCAGCAGCCUUUCUUCUGGCUGGAGAACAAGGAUGUGAUAAACCAGCUGGAGCAGGGUGUCCGUCUACCUAAACCCGAGAGGUGCCCGCCAACCCUUUACUCCCUCAUGACCCACUGCUGGGCCUACAUCCCCCGUGAGAGACCCAGCUUCGCUGAGCUAGUGUGCAAACUGAGUGAUGUUCAUAAAAUGGAGAAGGAAAUGGAGGUGGAUGAGCUGAGAGCCAGAACCCGUUCCAUAAGCAUAAAGCCGUUUCAUGACGCUCCACCGAAGCCAUCAAGACUUAAACCAUCUGGUUUCAACACUCUCAAUCCACAUCUACAUUGGCAGCUGCCCGAGUCUCUGCGCAUUAGCUCGCCUGUCCUCUCCAGCCCGCCAGACUGCCGUUUCGCGCUCACGCUGACCCUGCCGCUGUCCCCUCGCCGUGGCAGUAUGGGGGAUCGUGGUUUUCCUGAGCCCAGCAGUAAGGAAGACGCCCAGCGGCUGUGGGAACUGGACAGGCAGCGUGUGCAGGAAACUUUAAGGAGGCAGAAACAGGAAAUGCUGGAGGACAACAAGUGGCUGGAGAAAGAAGAGAAGCUUCUGGAUCCGUUUGCCAAUGAUGACACAAAGGCAAAAGCGAAGUCAGAAAACGAGACAAGCCAAGAUCAGUUCCAGGGUCCCCCGGAGAAGCCCCCGCGGGUGUCCGCUCAGCCGGCUCCCACAGCAGAACUGGAUCGCACAGAUGACAUGGUCUACAAUAACGUCAUGGAGAUGGUGAAGGUCGUGGUACAGCUGAAGAACGAUGUCAACACGUUACCAGCCUCAGAGUACGUCAAUGUGGUGAAGUCGGUAGGAAUGACGUUGCGCAGUCUGAUCCGCAGUGUGGAAGACAUCCUCCCGUCUUUACAUGAGUCCAUCAGAACAGAGAUUGAGGGAACUCAGAAGCUGCUGAAUAAAGACCUGGCCGAGCUGAUAAGUAAGAUGCGUCUGGCUCAGCAGAACGCCGUCACGUCUCUGAAGGACGAGUGUAAGAAACAAAUGCUGACGGCCGCUCACACGCUGGCCAUGGACUCCAAGAACCUCCUGGACGCUGUGGACCAGGCCAGAGUACGAGCCAAUAUAGCCAAAUCCGCCACAACCUAGAUCUGAUCCCUGAUUGGAUGUCAAACAGGGGGUUUUAUCCAAUGAGAAAGCUAGAGGAUGAAUUUAAUUAUAAAUGACCUGGCACAACUCGCUUUAUUUAUGCUUCUGAAAGGUAAUGAAAGCAGUGCUUUCGAUGUUGAAUGUUUUUUUUAGAUAUAUUUUCACAAAUGUACGAUUGUAAUCCUUUUUAAAGAGUCAAAGAUGUUUAAUUUCUGGAAAAAAGUUUGUGGAAGGAAAUAAAUACAGAUUUUUUUGCCA